CGGCCCUCGCUCGCUGGAGUUUGCCUGCGCGCUGGGCCUCUCCGGCCCCGAGCCCCGGGCUCCACCGAUCACCGACGGCAGCUCGAUCCGGAGAGUAUGGUGCCAGCGCCCGGGUUAAUCUAGCCCUCGGCUCGCUCCUGUUUUCCUCCUCUCCCUCGCCUCCCUCCUGUGGGUGCUGCCUCCGGGUUCCCGGCGUGUGGGAGUACAACUCUCUGCUUCUCCAAGGAGACUGGUUUGUGACCACCCAACAGAACUUGCCCAUUGAAAGCAAACCCGGAACAGCUGGAUAAUGUCCACUCCGAGCAGAUUCAAAAAGGACAAAGAGAUCAUAGCCGAGUAUGAAAGUCAAGUCAAAGAAAUCCGAGCUCAGCUGGUAGAACAGCAGAAAUGCCUGGAGCAGCAAACGGAGAUGCGAGCUCAGCUGCUCCAGGACCUGCAAGAUUUCUUCCGGAAAAAAGCCGAAAUUGAGACGGAAUAUUCUCGGAACCUAGAGAAGUUAGCAGAAAGGUUCAUGGCCAAAACAAGGAGCACUAAGGAUCAUCAACAGUACAAGAAAGACCAGAACUUGUUGUCUCCAGUGAACUGCUGGUAUUUGCUCCUGAACCAAGUGAGGAGAGAAAGCAAAGACCAUGCUACCUUGAGCGACAUCUAUCUGAACAACGUGAUUAUGCGGUUCAUGCAGAUAAGCGAGGAUUGCACCAGGAUGUUUAAGAAGAGCAAAGAGAUUGCAUUCCAACUUCAUGAGGAUUUAAUGAAGGUUCUUAAUGAGCUUUAUACGGUGAUGAAAACGUACCAUAUGUAUCAUGCAGAGAGCAUCAGUGCAGAAAGCAAGCUGAAAGAGGCUGAGAAACAAGAAGAAAAGCAAAUUGGAAGAUCUGGUGAUCCAGUCUUUCAUAUCAGACUAGAAGAGAGACAUCAGCGGCGGAGCUCUGUAAAGAAAAUUGAAAAAAUGAAAGAAAAGAGACAAGCAAAGUAUUCGGAAAAUAAGCUCAAGUCAAUUAAGGCACGGAAUGAAUAUCUCCUAACCCUUGAAGCAACCAAUGCCUCAGUUUUCAAGUAUUAUAUUCAUGAUCUUUCAGAUUUAAUUGAUUGCUGUGAUCUUGGCUACCAUGCAAGUCUGAACAGAGCCCUAAGAACAUACCUGUCUGCAGAGUAUAACCUUGAAACCUCCAGACACGAAGGCUUAGACAUCAUUGAGAACGCCGUUGACAACUUGGAGCCCAGGAGUGAUAAGCAGAGAUUCAUGGAGAUGUACCCAGCUGCGUUCUGUCCACCAAUGAAGUUUGAGUUUCAGUCUCACAUGGGUGAUGAGGUGUGUCAGGUCAGCGCUCAGCAACCGGUCCAGGCGGAGCUCAUGCUCAGGUACCAGCAGCUGCAGUCCCGACUGGCCACGCUCAAGAUCGAGAACGAGGAGGUUAAGAAAACGACGGAGGCCACCUUGCAGACAAUACAAGACAUGGUCACCAUCGAGGACUACGAUGUGUCUGAAUGCUUCCAGCACAGUCGCUCCACGGAGUCUGUGAAGUCUACUGUCUCGGAAACCUACCUGAGCAAGCCCAGCAUUGCCAAGAGAAGGGCAAACCAGCAGGAGACGGAGCAGUUCUACUUCAUGAAACUCCGAGAAUAUUUGGAAGGUAGUAAUCUCAUCACAAAACUUCAAGCCAAACAUGACUUGUUACAGAGGACCCUUGGAGAAGGUCAUAGAGCUGAAUAUAUGACUACAAGGCCUCCAAAUGUUCCCCCUAAACCCCAGAAACACAGGAAGUCCAGACCCCGCUCCCAGUAUAAUGCUAAGUUGUUUAAUGGGGAUUUGGAAACAUUCGUCAAGGACUCAGGCCAGAUUAUCCCCCUCAUUGUGGAAAGCUGUAUUCGGUUCAUCAAUCUCUAUGGUCUUCAGCAUCAGGGGAUUUUCAGAGUGUCUGGUUCCCAGGUGGAAGUCAAUGAUAUUAAAAAUUCAUUUGAGAGAGGUGAAAACCCUUUGGCUGAUGACCAGAGUAACCAUGAUAUUAACUCAGUUGCUGGCGUUCUGAAGCUCUAUUUCCGUGGGCUGGAAAAUCCCCUCUUUCCUAAGGAAAGAUUUAAUGAUCUGAUUUCUUGUAUCAGAAUAGAUCAUCUCUAUGAGAGGGCGCUUCACAUCCGCAAACUCCUCCUGACCUUGCCCAGGUCGGUCCUUAUAGUGAUGAGGUACCUCUUUGCCUUCCUCAAUCAUCUUUCACAGUACAGUGAUGAGAACAUGAUGGACCCUUAUAACCUGGCCAUUUGCUUUGGCCCAACAUUGAUGCCCGUCCCAGAAAUACAGGAUCAGGUGUCUUGCCAGGCUCAUGUGAAUGAAAUUGUCAAAACCAUCAUCAUCCACCAUGAGACUAUUUUCCCAGAUGCUAAAGAGCUGGAUGGCCCUGUUUAUGAGAAAUGUAUGGCUGGAGAUGACUACUGCGACAGCCCAUACAGUGAGCACGGUACAUUGGAGGAAGUGGAUCAGGACGCUGGUACAGAGCCCCACACCAGUGAGGACGAAUGUGAGCCAAUAGAAGCAAUCGCCAAGUUUGACUAUGUGGGGCGAUCUGCCAGAGAACUGUCCUUCAAGAAGGGAGCCUCCCUGCUGCUGUAUCACCGCGCGUCCGAGGACUGGUGGGAAGGAAGGCACAACGGGGUUGACGGGCUGGUGCCUCACCAAUACAUAGUGGUGCAGGAUCUGGAUGAUGCGUUUUCAGACACCCUGAGCCAGAAAGCCGACAGCGAGGCCAGCAGUGGGCCAGUCGCUGAAGACAAGUCUUCAUCCAAGGACAUGAACUCCCCAACAGACCGGCAUCCUGAUGGCUAUUUAGCCAGACAAAGAAAGAGAGGAGAGCCACCCCCUCCAGUAAGGCGUCCUGGCAGGACCAGUGAUGGCCAUUGCCCUCUCCACCCCCCGAAUGCUCUUUCCAACUCCUCAGUUGACCUGGGGUCCCCAAGCCUGGCCAGUCACCCCCGGGGCCUGCUCCAGAGCCGUGGCCUCAACAAUGACAGUCCUGAGAGGAGGCGCCGGCCGGGCCACGGCAGCCUGACCAACAUCAGCCGGCAUGACUCCCUUAAGAAGAUUGACAGCCCUCCCAUUAGAAGGUCCACGUCAUCAGGGCAAUACACAGGCUUCAAUGACCACAAGCCACUGGACCCAGAGACAAUCGCUCAGGAUAUUGAAGAGACGAUGAACACUGCUUUGAAUGAACUCCGAGAGCUGGAGAGGCAGAGUACAGCUAAGCACGCCCCCGACGUGGUGCUGGAUACCUUAGAACAAGUGAAAAACUCUCCCACCCCAGCCACCUCCACGGAAUCUCUCAGCCCUUUGCACAACGUUGCCCUCAGGAGCUCGGAGCCGCAGAUUCGCCGGAGCACUAGCUCCUCCAGCGACACCAUGAGUACUUUCAAGCCUAUGGUGGCGCCCCGAAUGGGCGUGCAGCUGAAGCCCCCAGCACUUCGGCCAAAACCUGCUGUUCUUCCAAAAACAAACCCCACCAUAGGACCUGCCCCGCCUUCCCAGGGUCCAACAGACAAGUCUUGCACAAUGUGAAAACCAGCUGAGCAAGGUCGUUCGGGAAGGUGAUUAAAAAAAGAAAACGGAUUAGUGACGAAAGUCAACAAUCCAUAACUUUCCUUAGUUUUGUGCUUUUAACUGGAGAUCUUUUGGCUUUUCUAUGUUCUCGAAUGUAAUGUCUGCGACUAGCUAAAUUAACAUGGGCAUUUGUAUUUUGUAAUUUCUUUCUUUUUUUUAAAAUAACUGGACAUACGUCGUUUUAAAGACAAUAGAAACACUUAGACUUACUUGAAAAUCCAAUGCUGCACCAUUUGUAAUGAAGGCAACACCACUCUGCUCUCCACAUUGUACAGUACUUCAGGUCUAGCGUAGCCCGGGUGAGUCAGAAAUGUCUGGCCCCGAAGGCCUGAGAAUCUGAGCUCGAGGCCUUGGAGUAUAACCAGUGUUGGGCUGUGGCAACUUGGGGUCAUGGCUGAAGGGCGGUAACGGCAUUGUUUGGUAGCUGACUGUGAGCACCUCUGAUUCCAUGCUGUGGGGCAGGGGCCAGCUCAUGCUAAAGACUUGCCAUUGUCACAGUGGGAUCUUCCCAGUGUUACUUGCAGCCCAGCACCUGAAUGAGUCGGAUGAUUGCCUCUUUCAUAACAGUCGUUUCCCUGGGUCCAGGUUAAAGACUCAGUGGAAGGGGGUAGAACCUCUGCAGUUAUUGCUUGAACCAAACCUGGGAAAGGAGAGAGAGACAGUCCUCCAAGCUAUUGAUGUGACUCCUUCCACGAGCCUGGUCAGGCCCCAGAGGAUUUCCAAGUACAUCCCCUGCAUUCACAAAGGACUAGAACAGUCUAAUUUUAAAGACUUUCUGGUUAUACUGCUCCACAAACUCCUUCAGAGAUCUGUUGUUUAAUAACUGACUAGAAAAUACUUCUAGCUCCUCUAAAAUCCCCAUGUUCUCCUCUGGAAAUGGAGAAAGCAAGCAGCACACAAGUCCUUGGUUCCUUUAAACAUGCUACAGAGGCCUGAUGAUCCUAAAUUGAAUCCUCAGCUCUCCUCUACGUUUGUCUCUUUUAGCCAACCCAGAACUGGCUGUGGUACUGGCCGUAGCGGGGAGGAUUACCUCAUGGUUACAGGAUGGUUUCCUCCCAAUUUUGCACCCGGGGACCAUGACUUUUCUUUAUUUCAGAUGGUCUCUACGUAACUCACAUCGUCAGCUGAACUCCUUUAGGGACCCUCUUUCUCUGACAUCCUAGGACGUAAACAAUUUUGCUUUAGCCCGUAUUUGUGCUAUAUUUUCCCUCUAAAAAAGGUUGCUUUGAAUUCAGUUGUUUUUACUAAGGUACAAAUCACCACUCUCUCAGCAGCAGCGGCUUAUAUCAUCUGUAAAUCUAUGAGUAUUUUAAUACUCCAUCAUUGAACUUACUGAUGAAGACACUUUUUUUUAGGAAAAUUGGGUGGCCAAAACUAACCACUCUGGACCACCGUUGAUUUCCUCCUAGGUUUGGUUUCAAACUGGCAGCCAAUUGCAUGCCAACCUGAGUUACACAGUGUGGACUCAGCCCAUUGGGGAAUGCAUCCUGCAGGAAAGAAUGAAGAUCUGUCCUAAAGUCAAGAUCAUUACUUUGAUCUCUACCUCAGUUUGCCAGUCCAAUCAUUCUAAUGCAGAGAGAGAUUAAUUAAUGAGAUAUUGUCACCUUUCAAAGUCACACUGCUGGUUGCUUGCCUGCAGUCUAAUUUCACAAAUGGAUUCAAUAGUGGAAUGUUUUUCCCAGGUAUGGUAAACUUCUAAACCUUUGAAUUUUCAGGACCAUCCUUUUUGCCCAUUUUGAAAAAGAGGCCCAGCCCAGCAUCUUGUCCAACCCCUCACCAUUUCUCUUGAGCUUUAGUGGCCCUUUGUCACCUUAGACACCGUGGAAACCCAGCCAGGACUGAGUCUUUGAACAGCACCAAUGCUUUUAAACUAUUUUCCCAAAUUCCCCUGGAAAUUUAAACUUUCAUAAAUAAUCUCCCCGGUCUUUCCAGAUUCCACUCUGGUUUCUAAUUCUCUGUUGCUAGAUGGGGAAAAAGAAGCAGAGAAUACAUCUAGAAGUAAUGGGGGAAGGGACUUCAAAUCUUCUAGAAAUUAAAAUAAAAAGAUUGUUAAAAACCAUUUUCCAUCUUUGAUGGAAGAGUGAGAUGUUAACAGAGGGCAUCAAAAGGACAAAGGUGUUUUGAAUUUAUUAAUUGUGAGGGGUUUUUUACAAGCUGUAGCUUUUCAGAUCUUCCUCCUGCAAGCUCAUUUCUUCAGACUGCUCCCUGGCAAUCCUCCCCAGUGUCUCCUCUCUUUGGUGUUUACACCUGUGAUGGAAUGAGGCUUGCCUUUCCACCACCAAAUCAGGACUCCGCUGCCUUGGCUGCAGAGGACAUGCUGCUCCAGAGCCUCAGAGCCUCAGAGGCUGUGCCUUCUUCCAGGAAACAGCUCCUAAUACUCUCCCAUCCCUCCCUGCCUUUACCUGUCUCUACUUUUUCUCCCUAAACCCCUGUUGUCACCCUGAGGCUUUUUGUUUUUUUUGCAAUUCCCAGGGAAGGAUGUGACCUCAAAGUGAGUAAGCACUCAAUAAGGACUCACCUAUCUUUAAUUUGUUUAGUAAAAUCUGCAGAUUCCAGGGAUAAGACAAGGUGGCCACUUCACAAAGGAUUCAAAGUAACACCCAGUAAGCUCCUUAAAAGCUUCAGCAGCUUUUAACAGGGUGCCCUGUUAUACGGCCUUCUUUAUAGCCACAGAUGUAGUACACAGUGGGGAGGUGGGAAGGUGCAGGAAUGGGGAGAGAAGAAAGAAAAUGAGUCCUUGAGAUGUUACGCCCCAGUUUCUAGGAUCUCAUCAGUACCCGUGCAGUUUGGGAAGGGGACAUUUUGAUGAUGGGUAAAUAAUGGUUCUGCAAAGAUUACCUGACUCCACUUAUACAAGCAUAUGUAUUCACAGCUGAUAUGACUAUGUGCAUGUCCUGUCCACAGAACUCACUAGAUUUACCAAGUUGGCCGUUUGGUUUGAGUUGGGGAUGUUGAGACAGGAUUGUUAGGAUAGAGUGAAAGGUACUUAAUAUACGUUUUCUGAUGAGUGUUCUGUAAAUUAUUUCAACCUGUCAAAUGGCCCUUUGUGGAGCUCCAUGUUCAAGUUCAGUGUCAACACCGUUGUUCAACAGUUUUGCACAUUUUCACACGAUGUAAUCUGACUUUGGUGCCCCUGAGCCAUCCAUAGAAUAACUUGCAGCAGGGUCCCACUUAAUCUACUGCAAUGAGCAUGAACAUUUACCAAGGGAUGUCUAGCGCCAAGGUCAAAUUGUAUCAGUUAAGAGUUUGCAGUCUUUGUACUUUCGCCAUUCCCAAAAAUGGGUUUAUAAUUUAAUUAAAGAAAAGAAGAAGAGGGCGGGUAGGGGUCUUCUUAGCAUUUGAGAAUGACUGAAGAAACUUUCCUCUGAUCAUCAUAGCCUCUGAAAUCCAAAGGUAAAGAGCCUCUGGGUCUGUUGAGGGGUUUAGAGGACUUCGGAUUUGGGAUGACCUUCAUUUAUUCCUGACCUCAGGAGUGAGAGGCCAUGAAUUCUGGAAAUGCACUUAGGACUGAGUCUUGCUCUGAGUCAUCUACGCCAGAGGCGCCGAGCCACGAGCAGCGUAGAAGUGAAGACUGUCCCUACUGCAGACCACCCCCUGAGCUGAAAACCCAACCUCCAGCUGGGCUGGGGUGUCAGGUGUGGUGCAGGGUGACUGGCAUAGCUUCUCGCAGAUCAGCAAAACAAACUGGAAAUCAAGCUUUCACUUACCCUAGUAUACUCUCUUUAAAAAAAAAAAAAAGUCUACGUGGUAUAAUCGAGAUGGGUACCUGUAUCUUUAAAUUACAUAGGGAAUUUUGUAUGUUUAAAUAAUUGUACUGGGUUCCGUAAUGCUUAUCUUAGAAGCUGUUUAGUAAAAGAAAAUAUAUAAACCGUGCGUUUGUGAAUGCCCCCUUAGAGCAUUCAUCCAAGUUCAAUGUGUAGUGUGAUGGUUAUUAUAGAUGUUUAAAGAAUGGUAAGAGGCUGUGUAACAGGAGAGACUGCUAUUUACCUAUGGACCUGAGGGUAACUCCUCCCCAGUAAUUAAAUCAGUAUUGUCCUUUCCUGUCGGUUUGAUCAAUUGCAGUACUGGUAGCUUCCUGCUUGUGACUGUUAGCUAAUUGUGUCAAUGUACAUCUGUAGUAUGUACAUGUGAAAGUGCCUUCUACUUUAGAGGCGUUGUAGCCUUGCUCUUUCCUGUUGCCCGCCCACCUGCUCCCCCUCCCCCUCCCCCACGCCCACCUGAGUGUUUUGACGCUUCCUCCUCUCUCCCAGCUGCUUCUCCAUCCCCACCUUCCUGUGCCUCGGUGCUCAGUAUUGUCUGUCUUGCAUCCUUGUCGGUCAUCAGCCUGUCUCCUUGUAGCCGUGACUGUGCCUUGUCUGCCCCCAAAGCAACUCUCCGGUGCCCCCCAUCCCGGCUCCUCCCUACCCCCGCCCCCACCACCUGCUGCUGACGGCCUGUGCUGCCUGUGCUCUGUCCUGCCUCUUACCAUGACAUUCCCUGUCUCCGAGGUGAAAUUAAAGGGGGAUGCUAUUACAGUUCGGGAAGAGAAAACAAUGUUUUGUUAAUCUGUUGUGACAAUGCACUUUUAUGUAUAGUACUGUACAUUUUGGCAUGUACCAUUCCAGGCUUCAGUAUACAGUCAGGUCUGUUCUUCAUGGUGUAUCUUUAUAAUAAAUAAGAUAGUUCUGGC